AAGCGUUUAAUGAAGUAUACAAUGGCAGUAAGAGAACGAUAUGUUGUAGAUCUGUAUUACUGUUAUCACGUUGUUACAGUUUUUGAUGGUAAGCAUUAUUUGCGUUUUAUAUAAAGAUUUUGGAGAGAAACAAGUUGCUGCUUCAUUUUGGGUCGGCGAGAUAGAGAAUGAGUUGAGGGAAUUGGGGCAACUGGACUUUUUUGGUUUGCUUAAAGAAGAUGGGGACUCUUCUAGGGUUCUAGAACAAAUCGACAAAAUUAGGGCGAGAAGUUUGUACGAGCAUACAUCAGAUGAUUGUUCUGAUACUUGCAAAGAGCGCGGAUGUGGAAGGCUAUGGGUUGCCGAUGGAAUAUGGAAAUUAAUGUUUCCUCAUUGCAUGAUGCGUAGAAAGAAUUUUGUAAAAGGUAUUCCAUUGCUGAACUAUCCCAAUGUAUGCACUGAGUCGCCUCAGCAUGGAAAGGCAUUCUGCGAACAGCAUGUGCAAUAUUUGGAAAAAAACUUCCCUAAUGUACCCACUAGUGUGCGUGGAUUUUUAAGAUAUUGUGGUGUAAAGCCAAGUAACGUAGGUGAAGAAUUGAUUGACGACACAGGUCUGCUUUCUAACAAUGACGUGUCAAAAAUGGACGAAACACUGGGAAAGCUUGAUAAAGAUGACGACACUUUUCCAGUAGGAAAUAGUGUUGUGGAGUCACAAGGCAAUGCUGAGUUCGUUAAUAAUGAGCCAGAUGCAAUUAAAGCUAUUUUAAGAGAUUGUGUUGAACCAACAAAAACAAAAUGCAAUAAGGAAACUGGGGGAAAACAAAGACUUCAAAAGUGGUCAAGAGGGCAUUUGUUUAUAGUUAGAGGAGGAGGAAUAAUCUAUAAAUGGAGUCCUCUUUAUAGGUAAGCACAGAGAAUGCUUGACAAAAGCGCAUCUUCAGAAAAACUUUGUAUUUAUUA